AUGCCUCGCUAUGGAAAGUGUCCACGCCUCAGUCUUGAGCAAGCCUUCCAGGACCCCAUUAAAACAAAGAGGUGGAUAUUUACAAAUUGUCCCCUAACUGAGGAGGAAGAGGAAGAGGAAGAGGAGGAGGAAGAAGAAGAGGAGGAAGAAAAGGGAGAGGAGGAGAAAGAAGAGGAAGAGGAAGAAGAGGAAGAAGAGGAGGAAGAAGAGGAUGAAGAGGAGGAGGAGGAGGAAGAGGAGGAGGAAGAGGAUGAAGAGGGGGAGGAAGAGGAGGAAGAAGAAGAGGAGGAGGAAAAGGAAGAGGAGGGGGAGGAAGAAGAGGAGGAGGAAGAGGAAUCUGAGGAAGAAGAGUCUAACAAUGAUCAUGAGAACACCUCCUCCCGAUUAUCUUUAAAAGCCUUGUUGUCCUCCUUCUGUCCUUCCACAUCUUCCACAUCUUCAUCUUCCUCUCUUUCGAUUUGGGGCACUCCAGAUGAGGGGGAGGAGCCUGUUGCAGGGAUGCAGAGAAUCUUCUACAGUUCUCAGAUCUCUUACUCCACUUCUUGGGGAAAAUUAAAUGACAAAUCCAAUAGCCAGGAAGAAGAUGGAGUCCUAAACCCCUUACAAUUUAGAGAUACUGAAUCCUUGAGGAAAAAACUCCAAAAUCAAAAGGUGACUGACUUGGUGAAUCUUUUGAUCCUCAAAUACCGAAUGAAGGAGCCCAUCAGUAAAUGCGAAAUGCUGAAGGUUGUUACUAAAGACUAUGAGGAACAAUUCCCUAUGAUCUUCAAAGAAGCUUCUAAGUGCUUGGAGGUGAUUUUUGGCAUUGAUAUAAAGAAAAAUGGUCCUAUACGCAGGUCUUAUGUUCUUGUCAACGCACUGAACCUCACCUAUGAAGACGUGAUGACUAGUGAUCAAAGAAUGCCUAGAAAUGGCUUCCUGAUAGUUAUUCUAGGUAUAAUAUUCAUAGAGGGAAACUGUGCCUCUGAAAAAAGUAUCUGGGAAUUCUUGAACAUGAUAGGAAUAUAUGAUGGAGAGGAGCACUCCAUCUACGGGGAACCCAGGAAGUUCCUGACCAAAGAUCUAGUGCAGCAAAAUUAUCUGGAGUAUCGGCUGGUGCCUAACAGUCAUCCUCCACACUAUGAGUUCCUGUGGGGUACAAGAGCCCACUCUGAAACCACCAAGAUGAAAGUUUUAGAGUUUUUGGCUAGGGUCGUAAGGAAGAGCCCAGGUCAUUUUUCAUUCCUUUAUGGUGAGGCUUUCAGAGAAGAGGAAGAGAGGGCCUAUACCAGAAGGGGCCUGGUGGGUAAGACCAUCAUGGUUACAGAGCAUUGGGCACCAGCUUCUCCGACCCAAAGUGAAGACUCUGUAUUAGAAUCCGUUUACUGGUGUUGA